CCAGACCGCGCAGGCUCAGUGAAGAAAGGCCGGUGAGUCCCGGAGGCUGUGGCAAGCUGAGGUGGAAGCGGCGUCUUGAAAGGAGGGUCUCGCUGAACAGGGCUCCGACGAGGUGAGGCGAGGUGGAGAGGGGCUGUCAACACCAUGUCGAGGCAGGCGAACCGUGGCGCCGAAAGCAAGAAAAUGAGCUCUGAGCUUUUCACCCUAACCUAUGGAGCUCUUGUCACCCAGCUGUGCAAGGACUAUGAGAAUGACGAAGAUGUGAAUAAGCAGCUGGAUAAAAUGGGAUAUAACAUUGGAGUCCGACUGAUUGAAGAUUUUUUGGCACGUUCGAAUGUUGGAAGGUGUCAUGACUUUCGGGAAACUGCGGAUGUCAUUGCUAAGGUGGCAUUCAAAAUGUACUUGGGCAUCACUCCAAGUAUCACCAACUGGAGCCCAGCUGGUGAUGAAUUCUCCCUCAUUUUGGAAAAUAACCCCUUGGUGGACUUUGUGGAACUUCCUGACAACCACUCAUCCCUUAUUUAUUCCAAUCUCUUGUGUGGGGUACUGCGGGGAGCGCUGGAGAUGGUUCAGAUGGCUGUGGAGGCCAAGUUUGUUCAGGAUACUCUGAAAGGGGAUGGCGUGACAGAAAUCCGGAUGCGGUUCAUCAGGCGUAUUGAAGACAAUCUCCCAGCUGGAGAGGAAUGACGCCCUCAGGACUAUUGAUUAGCCAGGAGGAGCACAUGCUGGAGUGCUGGAAAGUUCAGUGCUCUCUGUGCUCCGGGAACUGGGACUCCAGAACACGGAUGUAAUAUAUUCUUCUCACCUUGCUUCCAUUCUCCAUGCUAAUAAAGAACAGACUGAUAGAGUCCAUUUACCCCAAAAGUGUGCCCUUCAGAAGGAAAUUCUUUGCUCCCUUUCCUUCAGAGACUGGAUGUACUUGUCCUCAGUUGGACUAAAAGAGCUCAAACCAUUUUAACAUUCCUUAGAAUUUUCCAAAGCAAAACCCACUUUGACACCACUAAAAGGCAAGCCUGGCAUAUCUAUUCCCAGGCCUUCAUAAUACCAUUGGCAAAUGGCUGUAGGAAAUCCGGGGCUGUGGAGGGGAGGGAGGAGGCUGGGAAAGAGUGGGAAAGAAUUGCUGGCCAUAGUGUGACAUACUGUAGUGCUUGCCAGGACAUGGGAGCCAGUCAUACCAAAAACACCGACUUCUGGGAAGCCACCCAGGUCUCAUUCCUCCCUGUUGUUUGGAGGCAACAUCUCCUCUUUUUACAGAGGGUCCAUCCUUUUUUCUUAUACAUUCUUCAAUAAAGACACAUUCUUGAGUGAAA